GGCUUUUGUGCGCUCGCCGCUGGUCACCCUGCUGGGCAUACCUUUACCUCUCUUUCGCCUAAUUCUUCGGUGUCUUUUUCAAGCCCCGACUCACCAGUUUCACAGUUUUAUCUUCCUUGCCCUUUAACUCUCACCUUCCUUCGCAGAUCAGCAUGCAGGAAAAAGACGCCUCCCCACACGGUUUCCUGCCUAGGUUCCAACAUUUCGCUACGCAGGCCAUCCAUGUGGGCCAGGAACCAGAGCAAUGGACUUCCCACGCUGUAGUGCCUCCCAUCUCACUGUCCACCACGUUCAAGCAAGGGGCUCCUGGCCGGCACUUGGGUUUUGAGUACAGCCGUUCUGGAAAUCCCACCAGGAAUUGCUUGGAAAAAGCAGUGGCAGCACUGGAUGGGGCUAAGUACAGUUUGGCCUUUGCUUCAGGUUUAGCAGCCACUGUGACUGUUACCCAUCUCUUAAAAGCAGGAGACCAAAUUAUUUGUAUGGAUGAUGUGUAUGGAGGUACAAACAGGUACUUCAGGCAGGUGGCAACUGAAUUUGGAUUAAAGAUUUCUUUUGUUGAUUGUUCAAAAACCAAAUUGUUAGAGGCAGCUAUUACUCCAGAAACCAAGCUUGUUUGGAUUGAAACUCCCACAAACCCUAUCUUGAAGAUGAUUGACAUUGAAGCCUGUGCACAUACUGUCCAUAAACAUGGAGACAUUAUUUUGGUCGUGGAUAACACUUUUAUGUCGGCAUAUUUCCAGCGGCCUUUGGCUCUGGGAGCUGAUAUUUGUAUGUAUUCAGCAACAAAAUAUAUGAAUGGCCACAGUGAUGUUGUGAUGGGCUUAGUGUCACUUAAUUCUGAGAGGCUUCAUGAUAGGCUCCGAUUCUUGCAAAAUUCUCUUGGAGCAGUUCCAUCUCCUAUUGACUGUUACCUCUGCAAUCGAGGUCUGAAGACUCUACAAAUCCGCAUGGAGAAGCAUUUCGAAAAUGGAAUGGCAGUUGCUCAGUUUUUGGAGUCGAAUCCUUGGGUAGAAAAGGUUAUUUAUCCUGGACUGCCCUCUCAUCCUCAGCAUGAGCUGGCAAAGCGUCAGUGCACAGGUUGCCCAGGGAUGAUCACCUUUUAUAUCAAGGGCUCUCUUCAACAUGCUGAGACUUUCCUCAAGAACCUAAAGCUAUUUACGCUGGCUGAGAGCUUAGGAGGAUAUGAAAGUCUUGCUGAGCUUCCGGCAAUCAUGACCCAUGCUUCAGUGCCUAAGAGCGACAGAGAAGUCCUUGGAAUUAGUGACACACUGAUUCGACUCUCUGUGGGCUUAGAGGAUAAACAAGACCUACUGGAUGAUCUAGAUCAAGCUUUGAAGGCAGCACACUCUCCAAAUGCAAGUCACAACUAGCAUUCCAGAACUGCUAUUAGAGGUUGCUUCCUGCAAAAAGAUCAAAACUUCUGAAUAAUUGAAUGGACCAUUAAUGAGCCUUUGCAGAGUUUUCAAGUGAAAAUUUUAAGGGACUUUAUUACCUUUCACAACUGUAAUCUUCCUGGUAUCAUUCCUGUUAAAAAGUUUCCUCUUUCCCAUAUUGUAAUCGACAAGUCAAUUCUGUUAAGAUCUUUUUGUUAAUUUGGAUAUACAUUUGCCUCUGAAGGAGGUGAGAUUUGUGCUGCUAUUGGGGAUUGUGUUCUUUUUUUCAAGCUUAAGAUUUAUAGUGAUCAUGUUUACAAUAUAAUGGCAUUUCAUUUUUCAUGUUUUCUGAGGAAUUUAAAUUAUUAAAUGAAUGUUCUUAAAUCAAGGGUGAUUUUGUAUAUUGUUGAAAAUUGCACUCAAAGCAAUGGUUUACACUUAAUUACCAUAAGCCAAAAAUCAAAUAUCUGAAAAGUCUGUGAAAUUUUACUGAUUUAAGGUUGUACUUACUAUUUUUUUAAAAAAUAAAUCUAAUUAUCAAAUGUA